CUUGCCGUCGCGCAGGGCCUCCUUGAGCUUCUGCUUCUUCUCAAACGUCUGGCGCUCCUGGAUCUCGAGCGAUUUUUUGUACAGGUACUCGCGGCGCUGGCGGGCUUGUCUCCGAAGCAUUUUUAAAAUGGUUUAGUUGUGUGGAAUUGAAGGUGCUGGACAGAAAGGCGGGGAGAGGUUGUGUGUGUCCAGCAUUCGCCGAGAGAGAAAAAACUGGGCUAAAAUUUUGGCGGCGGUGAUCGCUCAAGGGAUCAAGGCGAAAACUAGCGCAAAAAAAGUCUACUGCCAGUUUCGGCAGCGCACCGGAGGCGCUCUCCUGUCUCUACUCGUUUCUACCACAACAGAAAAAGCUCCAUACACAUAAGCCUAUACUGCAAUGGUACAGAAAGUGUCGUCGCGCGGGUCGGGCGCCAAGAAGGGCGGGCAAAAGUACCAGAACACAUUUGCGUACUCGCACAACAAGGGCUCAAAGACAACAAAGAAGAUCCUGUCUCUGCCAGUGGACGGGCUGUGCCAGCACUGCACGGACAUGGUAGUCUGGCGCAAGCAGUACCGCAAGUACAAGCCGCUGACGGCGCCCAAGAAGUGCGUGUCGUGCGAACUAAAGAAGGUCAAAAAGGCCUACCAUGUAAUCUGUGACGACUGCGCGCAAAAAAAGGGCGUGUGUGCAAAGUGCCUCGAGAGCAACAGCAUUGUGGAUACGCACAACCCGAAGACCAGCGAGCAGGUGCUCAAGGAGGAGCAGGAUCUGGAGCGCAGGCUGGGGAAUAUGCGGGAGCGCGAGAGAAGGUCGUACAUGAGGAAGCUGGAGCGCGGGGAUAUCCAGGCAGAGGACGUGCCGGACAUGGGCGAGGAGGACAGCGACUUUGACUUUUCGGAUAGUGAGGAUGAGGAGGAUGAGGAGUAGUUUUUUUCUUGCGUUGCUGAAUGGACAAUCGAACCUGAAACCGGACCCGCGAGCAACAGGCUCCCUCUUGGAUCAAAGCCAAGAAAAAAGAAAAGGCGCCAGCAGGGACGAUGGCAUGGGGCGGCCAAUAUCAGGUCUUGCCCACGAGAAGCAAGCCAGUUCUGGUCUCG